CCGAAUGUAUCUGCUCCGGAAUAGCCACCAAUUCAGUAUUUAUUUAUUUUAAAUUGGUCUGUGCACUCUGUUUCGGUAGGCAUCUUGAAUGUCCUAGUGUAGACGGUGCACAGUGCUGUAGCAUAUGAGCGACACGGAGGACACAUCACAGGACGACCGGAUCUUGCGAUCGGCUAGGCGCUCGAUAGCCCACGUGUCCCUAGGACCGGAGGGUGAUAGGAUUCUGUUCCGCCAGCUUAGGGAGAGGCAGCAACAGCAGAGGAGAGCUAGAGCAGCCGAGGCCAGCAGGGCUUUAGCUAGCGAGGCCGCUGCUACAACAGCCAUGGCCACUUCAGCUAUGGUCACUUCUGCGCAGCAGACUUCCCAGGCUAGCAGUUCAGGUAUCGUCGGGUCAACGGUCGCGCAGACCGUGAGUCAGUCCACUGGCGCGAUGGCAAGCCAGGCAUUGGUGUUGACCCCAGAGGAUGUCGCCAUCCAGCAGGCAGCCCUGCAGGAGGCACAACUACAGCGGGCAUUAGGAGAGAUAAAAGCGGAGAAGGAGAAAAUGAUUAGAAGAAGAGCCAGGAUGCAGCGGAGAGGGGCAGACAUAGAGGAGUUAAAGACGAUGGACCUGACGAACAUGGAUGAUGAUGUGAGGGUAGUUAGGAAGGCCCUGCUAGGAGUAAUAGAGAUGCAGGAGCAUCAGACUACCAUCCUUCAGGAUAUCCAGCAGAGCCUAGCCAUUCUGGUAGGGCGUUCUCAGGCGGCACCAUCACCAUCCGGGCCUGGCGAGCCGGUGAAAAUGCCGUCGGAGAUAGAGGGAGUAGUCGCUAAGUACCCUGAUCUAUUUGAAGAGCCAACAGGGGUUGUUGAUAGGGAGCUCGUCCACGCGAUAGAGAUUAUCCCCGGGUCUAGUAUUCCGAAGGGUAGGAUCUAUCGAAUGUCUCCAGGCGAGCUUGAUGAGCUUCGCCGCCAACUCAAAGAACUCGUAGAUAAGGGUUGGAUCCGGCCGAGUGUCUCUCCUUAUGGAUCUCCAGUACUAUUCGUACCUAAGAAGAAGGAGGGUACACUUAGGAUGUGCAUUGACUAUAGGGGCCUCAAUGCCAUCACUGUAAGGUACAGAGAGCCCCUAUCGCGCAUCGACGAUCUGCUAAAUAGAGUGCAAGGGUGCCGGUACUUCAACAAGAUAGAUCUGAAGUCCGGGUACCAUCGGAUUGCAAUCCAGCCCGAGAAUCAACACAAAACCGCCUUUCAGACCAGGUACGGUCUGUACGAGUUUGUGGUGAUGCCUUUCGGCCUUUGCAAUGCUCCUGGCACCUUUCAGCACGCUAUGAAUCGGAUAUUCCAUGACUACUUGGAUAAGUUUGUCAUCGUGUACCUCGAUGACAUACUUAUUUUCAGUAAGACUAUCGAGGAGCAUGUUGCACAUUUGGACAAAGUCCUCAGUCUCCUGCGACAGCACAAGUUCAAGAUCAACGUCGAGAAGUGCGAGUUUGGCCGCACCCCUGUCUUGUACUUGGGUCAUGAGAUCUCCACGGAAGGGUUGAAGCCUGAUGACGCGAAGGUGGCCAGCAUUCGUGAUUGGCCACGUCCUCAGUGUGUGACUGAGAUGAGAUCUUUCUUAGGAAUGACAGGCUACUAUAGGACUUUCAUUAAGAACUAUAGCAUAGUGGCCGCACCUUUGACUGAUCUGACCCGCCUUGACACCCCAUGGGAGUGGACAGACGAGUGCGAGGCUGCUUUCAGACAUUUGAAGCAUGUGUUGACGCACUACGAGGUCUUGAAACUUCCUGAUCCUGACAAGCCGUUCAUAGUCACCACGGAUGCCAGCCAAUAUGGCAUUGGCGCCGUUCUCGCGCAGCAGGAGGGGCUAAGGUUGAGUCCUGUAGAGUACAUGUCCAAGAAAAUGCCGUCUCAGAAGUUGGCUAAGUCCACCUAUGAGAAGGAACUCUAUGAGGUUUACAAGGCUCUGACCCAUUGGAGACACUAUCUCCUUGGGAGAUUCUUCAUCCUCGGGACUGAUCAUCAGACCCUGAGAUGGAUGAGAACCCAGCCUGUACUUUCUGAUGCCCUCAAGCGUUGGAUCGAAGUCAUUGAGCAGUAUGACUUUGACCCUCAGUAUCUGAAGGGGGAGUACAACAAGGUUGCGGAUGCCUUGUCGCGUAGACCUGAUUUCUCAGGUGCGCUGAUUACUGAGUUCAAUCUGACGGACCAUGUUACUCACUCCUGGCUGGAAGCCUAUCGCGAGGACCAGUUCAUGUCCGAGAUCAUACGCAGACUUAAGGCGAAGGACAAGAAGACCUCUGCCGAGUUUGAGUUGGUCAAUGGCUUGCUGUUCCUUGAGAAGGACGGGAAUAAACGAUUGUGUGUCCCAAGUAGCGAGUCUUUGCGUAGUUUGUUUUUAGGUGAGUGCCAUGAUGCCACCGGCCAUUUUGGGUAUAAGAAGACCGCAGCCAACUUGCUGCAGCGGUUCUGGUGGCCCACGAUGAUGCGAGAUGCCCAGCUGUACGUGGAGACUUGUCAACCCCUUCCGAUUCCGGAACGGCCUGGUGAGAGUCUGUCCAUGGAUUUUAUGGAUACUCUGAUCACCUGCAAGAGUGGGAUGCGUCACAUCUUCGUUAUCGUGGAUAGAUUAAGUAAGUAUGCUAGGUUAGUACCAAUGCCGAAAACAACAAAGACAGAGUAUGCGAUCCGGAUGUUCAAAGAGAACUGGGUUAGAGACUUUGGGUUACCGACGUCUAUUGUCAGUGACCGGGAUGUUCGGUUUACCAACGAGUUGUGGAAGGCCGCUGCUGCAGAGCAGGGAACUCAGUUGCAGAUGACUUCUGGGAAUCACCCAGAGGCCAAUGGACAGGCUGAGCAACUCAAUCGCGCUGUGCAACACCUGUUGAGACACUACAUUAAGCCCAACCAAGUGGACUGGGAUCAGAAGCUUGCUCUCAUCGCCAGCCUGUACAACAAUGCUGUACACAGCGUCACCGAGGUGAGCCCGAACAGUUUACUACUGACGUUUAAGCCGAGACUACCCCUUGACUUUCUCCUUCCUGAGAAUCAAUCAACUGCUGCACCAGGUACUUUAGAGUUCGCUUACAGAUAUGAACAGAAAAUGCAGCAGGCGGUAGAGCAGAUGGAAAAGGCACAGGCAGCAAUGAUAGAGUCUGAAAAUAGACACCGCCGGCCUUCUACAUUUCAGGUUCGGGAUAGAGUCUGGGUUAAGUCUUCAGAACUGGGACAGGAGUACGGGAUCUCCCGCAAACUUAUGCCCCAGUACUUUGGACCUCGGGAAGUCUUGGACAUUGUCGGGACGGAUCCGGAUGGGCCAUCUUAUGUUAUCCGGAUUCCUGGUCAUCUCCGUACUUACCCUGUCUUUCACACCUCCAAGCUGGCACCUUUCAAAGAUACUGAUCAGUUUCCAUCUCGUCGCUCAAUGCUGCCCCCAACCAUGGAUGGAGAGGUGGACAUCGAUGAUAUUGUGGAUCACAGAGAGCUGCCGGUAUCAAGACCAGCAGGCAGGGGACGUUCUCCGAAACCGAAGCUGCAGUACCGCGUUCGGUUCAGGCAUCACACUGAUCCGAAGGAAGACCGCUGCUUCACUAGGGAAGAGCUCAUGCAGACCGCUCCUCAAGUUGUAACCCAAUACGAGAGAUCUCUGCAGAAGGGAAAGCGCCCUAUGAUCGAAGACUGAGCUUCUCAGAGGACUGUUGAAGCUAAGGAGGAGGGAAUGCGAGGCCAUUGCCUCUAUGAGCCCCAUAAGGCCCCAUUUUUGCAGCCCGUCAGCCGCCCUAAGUGAAGGCAGGCUCGACGAGGCCCUCAGGGCCCUUUUCUGGCCANUCUCUCUCUCUCUCUCACACACACACACACACACACACACACACACACAUACACACACACACACACACACACACACACACACACACACACACACAAAUCAAUCAAUCAAUCAAUCCAUCCAACCAAUCAAGAUCCUACCGAAUC